AGUCUCGGCAGCCACGCCGGCAGACACCAUGGCGGGGCCUGAGCUCCGCGCUGCCCUGGAAGCCCAGCUCCGAGCUCUGGCCAUCCCUACUGUGAGCGUGGAUCACCCCGAGGUAUUUACAGUUGAAGAAAUGAUGCCUCACAUCGAGCAUCUGAAAGGGGCCCACAGUAAGAACCUGUUUCUUAAAGACAAAAGGAAGAAGAGCUAUUGGCUGGUAACUGUCCUUCACGAUAGGAAGAUUAACUUGAACGAGCUGGCCAAGCAGCUGGGUGUGGGCAGUGGCAAUCUGAGGUUUGCUGAUGAGACGUCCAUGCUGGAGAAGCUCCGAGUGGGCCAGGGCUGCGCCACGCCCCUGGCCCUUUUCUGCGACCAGGGAGACGUGACGUUUGUCCUGGACGCCGCUUUUCUGGAAGGCGGGUAUGAGAAGGUGUACUUCCAUCCAAUGACCAACACAGCCACAAUGGGCCUGAGCCCUCAUGACUUUCUCACCUUUGUGAAGAAGACUGGGCAUGACCCUAUAAUAUUAAAAUUUGAUUAAACCAAUGGGCCAGAACUUUGAAUAAAAUGUAACUUUGCAAACUGUCCCAAAUGCUGAAAUUUACUUUAAAAUGAUCAAGUAUGGAGAAAAUGAGAACUAUCUUUAGGCCCAGAGCUAAACAAUGGACAUAAAGGAUCUUCUAAGGAACUUCAGAUGGGCUUGGGGCAAUAAUGAAUAGCAUGUGAUAGGGGCAAGACCCAAGGGCUCCCAGUUACUUUAAAGCCUACUUUUAGCUGGAAAUGAUCAGAGAGCACUGAAUACUGAGAGUAAUAUACUCUGGUAAAGGGGAGUUCGGGAUAGAACUAAGAAUCAAUGUGGGUUGGAACAGUCUGUGAAAGGAACCCUCCAACCAGCUGAUGGAGGCCUUCAAAUGCUAGGCCAAGGCUCGAGGAGUCAGAAGACUCCAUAAAAUGAUUUAAUUUUUAGAGUUGGACGAGCAAGGUUGGCCAACUGUACCUAAGGCCACUCCUAAUAUGGCAAUGCUAUGACUAGGGGGUCAGGAGACUCUUCAAAACGUACUGCAGUUUGGGGAUGAGAGAGUAGGAGUUAACAACAGGUUAGUUACACUUCUCUAAGCCUCAGUGCUCUCAAAAUCUGGGGUCAUUCAGUAUCACUGGCUUAAAUGACAAUGAAAAAAAAAUCUUGGUGCUUAAUGUCAGGCCAUUCUGCCCAAGGAGUGACUGUCCGGUUUCUGUUAGGUGGUGCAGUCUGGAGUCAGGAAGAUCCAAGUUAAAAAUCUGAUUCACUAUCUUAAAUGACCCUACACAAGUCACUUAAUAUUUGCUUCAAUUUCCUCAAUUGUAAAAUGGCAAAAGCCCCUACUACCUCCAAGUGUCUCAAAUGACUCAAAUGAGAAAGUAUUUGUAAUGUGUUUAGCACAAAGGAGGCACUAUAUAAAUGCUUAUUCUCCUCUCUUCCCUGUUUGAAAACUUGGAACUUAAUACUCUCAAAGGUGGUCCAUUUCACUUUUUACAUAGCUGUUAGGAAAUGUUCUAUCAAGCCAAAUUUGCCUCUUUAAUUUUUACUGCCUAGUUUUAUUUCCAGGAAGGGCUGGGGGAAGCACCAAGAAAGGAGGGGGAAGAAAAUCUGAACAAAUCUAAUCCCUUCCUAAGAUAAUCCUUAAAAUAUUUGAAGAUAUCUAAGAAUUACAGAAUUUCAGAGUAUGUGUGCUCUAAAUCUUUUCUAGGCUAAAUUAUCACAGGUUUUUGCAACCAGUUCUCAUAUGACCUCAUCCUUCCUUCCUAAAUUAUGUCAGAGCCCUUUUUUUUUUUGGCUUUUUAUUUUUUAACAGAAUGCUCAAUUUUCCAUUAUAUAUGAAUAUUAAUUCUAAAAUAAAUAACUUAGAUUUACUUUUUUUUAAAUCCAUUGUAUAUGAACAAUCCUAAGCCAAAAUCCUUGCAUGUGUAACACAGUAAAGAAUGUUAAGAGAAAAUAA